CUGCCACAGCAUCAUCAAUUCCAUUGACCCUAAAACGGGUAAAGUGGUGGAGAAGACCGCCUAUCUGUGCAUUGACUGUGGCAAGAGCUUCACAAAUAAAGCUCGGUUUGUAAAGCACCAGAAGACGCACGCUGUAAAGAAGCCUCAUGUUUGUACCAUGUGCGGUAAGGCUUUUUCAUAUAACUCUCACCUGGUCAUUCACCAGAGAACCCAUGGUGGCGAGAGACCCUUUGCCUGUUCUUAUUGUGAAAAGUGCUUCACCGAUCGCCCGUCUCUUGUCAAACACGAGAGAAUUCACACUGGAGAAAAGCCAUUUUCUUGUUCCGUCUGUGGAAGAAGCUUCACUGACCAUUCCAAUCUAUUGAAGCACUACAGUAUCCACACCCGGGAGAAGUCCUUCACCUGCCUGGAGUGUGGGAAGAGCUUCACAGACCGGUCCACCAUGGAGAAACACCAGAGUGUUCAUUGCGGGGAGAAGUCCUAUCAGUGUGGGGAAUGUGGGGAGAGGUUCACGGAAAACUCCGCUCUGGUUUUCCAUCUGCGGAGCCACACCGGUGAGAUGUCUUUUGUGUGUCAGGAGUGUGGCGAAAGCUUCAUGGACAGCUCCGCCUUGGUGACGCACCAGCGGGUUCACACCGAGGAGAAACCCUUUGCGUGUCCAACGUGCGGUAACCGCUACACCAAGAAGUCGGCUUUGGUGAAGCAUCAGAGGACCCACACAGGUGAGAAACGUUCCAACUGUCCUCAUAUGUGUACCGUGUGCGGUAAGGCUUUUUCAUACAACUCUCACCUGGUCAUUCACCAGAGGAUUCAUGCCGGCGAGAGACCCUUUGCUUGUUCCAUCUGCGGAAAAAGCUUCACUGACCGAUCGAAUCUGGUGAAGCACCACCGUAUCCACACCCGGGAGAAGUCCUUCACCUGCCUGGAGUGUGGAAAGAGCUUCACGGACCGGUCCAAUCUGGUGAAACACCAGAGGAUCCAUAGUGGGGAGAAGUCCUUCCAGUGUGGUGAAUGUGGAAAGAGGUUCACGGAAAACUCCACUCUGGUUGUCCAUCGGCGGAGCCACACUGGCGAGAAACCUUAUGCCUGCAAGGAGUGUGGUAAAACCUAUUCUUGCAACUCACAUCUCAUUGUGCACCAGAGAACUCAUACCGGAGAGAGGCCGUUUGUGUGCCGAGAGUGCGGCAAAAGCUUCACGGACAGCUCCACCUUGGUGAUACACCAACGUGUUCACACUGGUGAGAAACCAUUUGUAUGCCUAACGUGUGGGAACCGCUACACCAAGAAGUCUGCUAUGGUGAAGCAUCAGAGGACCCACACGGGUGAGAAACCAUUUAGCUGUACUCAGUGUGGCAAAAACUUCAUUGACAGCUCAUCUCUGGUCAAACACCAACGCACUCACACCGGCGAGAAGCCAUUCACCUGCGUCCAGUGUGGGAGAAACUUUGCUGCUCGGUCUACCCUGGUGAAACACCAGAGGACCCAUAGUGGAGAGAAGCCAUACACCUGCACUGUGUGUGGGAAGUGCUUCUCCUGUAACUCUCACCUGGUGGUCCAUCAGCGCUUCCACACCGGGGAGAAGCCUUUCCAGUGUACUGUAUGUAGCAAAAGUUUCACAGACAGCUCCACCUUGGUGAAGCAUCAGCGUAUACAUACUGGGGAACGGCCUUAUGUUUGCAACUAUUGCGGCAAAAACUUCAUUGAUAACUCCACCUUGAUCAAACACCAAAGAAUUCACACCGGUGAGAGGCCGUACUCCUGCAAAGUGUGUGGGAAGUGCUUCACUGACAGCUCCACCCUUGUGAAACACCAAAGAAUCCAUACUGGGGAAAAACCGUAUACAUGUAAUGAGUGUGGGAGGAGCUUCACUGACUGUUCAACUCUUAUUAAACAUCAAAGAAUCCAUAGGAGAGGGGAACAGGUGGCUGGUGUGAUAACUGUUAUAGUGGACCCCGAGCAGCCAGAGUCUAUUAUAGAGAAUGAAGUAGAAGUGAAAGCAUAGAUGAG